AUGGAAAUUUUCUCUUAUAAUUACAAAAAAAAAUAUCAUACAAGAAACAUACUAUUUGAACCUAAUAUGAACUGGAAAAUAGCACUGUUUUGUUGGACGUUCUUUCUGCAGGCAUUGAACGCCCAAAAUUUAGGUGCAAUGCAAAGUGAUAAAUACUUUCCUAAAUCCAAGGAUCCGACAAGUUUUCCAAUGGGUUGUUCACCCCAAGUACUAAAAACACAGCCGGGUUUGGCUGUGAAACUGUACUCCUAUGGGCAUCCAGUACCAGGCUGUGCAUAUAAUACCUACCAAUAUCCAGAUUUCCCCAGGUCAGGCUACAAAAAAGAGCGCAAACUCGCUGACAUUACAGGAGUAAACGGAAGAAUUGAUAUUGACUUGAAGCCUAACGAUCCUUGUCGUGUGUUAAGUGGUAAUCUUCCAAGCAACUACAAUUAUCAAAACACAUUAACUUACACAAACUUUACAAUGAUAUUAUAUGGCUAUUUUCAGCCAAAGGUGACCGGCUACCACACGUUUAACCUUGAAGCCGACGAUUUGUUAUUUAUGAAUCUUGGUGCUGGAAAUGCAUUUGAUUGUUGUAGAGCCGAAUCAACGUUAGACAAUUUUGGUAAUUAUCAGUCGUAUUCGAUUUGGGGAACUGACAAGGCUACAGCUGAUCUUACUGUAUUUCUUGUUUCUGGCAUAUACUAUCCUAUUAGAUUGUUCUAUGUGAAUAGGGACAACAAUGCAGUUUUAGAUUUUUCUUUCAGUACAGAAUUUAAUAAGGAAAUCAUUCAUGACUUUACCAGCUAUUUUUUCUCUGCUUCUGAUGAAGAGCAAUGUCCAGGUAAUAUUAACUAUAACUACCACUGCGCUGAUGUGAAAUCAUCAACUAUUUUAACCUCUAGUACAACUGUUGACAAACAGGAAGGAAAUAUUGUCCCUAUUACAAAAACAAUUUACGAAAUUGGUGUCCCAUGUGAUCCAGAACAGCCAACACAAAAAUGUGAAGGUGAAUUUUAUAACCCCAUUAGAGAUGUAUGUGAACCUCUUCCAACACCAAGUCAAGAAAAUAAAUCAUCUAGCAGCUCCUCCUCAUCUUCCAGCAGCAGCUCUUCCUCAUCUUCCAGCAGCAGCUCCCCCUCAGUCAACCCAUCAUCCGUUAACCCAUCCUCUGUCAACCCUUCAAGCAAGCCAGUUGAUCCUUCUCCAGCUGACCCAUCACACAACCCAUCUUCCGUUAACCCAUCCUCAGUCAACCCAUCUUCUGUGAACCCAUCCUCUGUCAACCCUUCAAGCAAGCCGGCCGAUCCUUCUCCAGCUGACCCAUCACACAACCCAUCUUCUGUGAACCCAUCCUCUGUCAACCCUUCAAGCAAGCCAGUUGAUCCUUCUCCAGCUGACCCAUCACACAACCCAUCUUCCGUUAACCCAUCCUCAGUCAACCCAUCUUCUGUGAACCCAUCCUCUGUCAACCCUUCAAGCAAGCCGGCCGAUCCUUCUCCAGCUGACCCAUCACACAACCCAUCUUCUGUGAACCCAUCCUCUGUCAACCCUUCAAGCAAGCCAGUUGAUCCUUCUCCAGCUGACCCAUCUUCAGUUAACCCAUCUUCCGUUAACCCAUCCUCAGUCAACCCAUCAUCCGUUAACCCAUCCUCUGUCAACCCUUCAAGCAAGCCAGUUGAUCCUUCUCCAGCUGACCCAUCACACAACCCAUCUUCCGUUAACCCAUCCUCAGUCAACCCAUCUUCUGUGAACCCAUCCUCUGUCAACCCUUCAAGCAAGCCGGCCGAUCCUUCUCCAGCUGACCCAUCACACAACCCAUCUUCUGUGAACCCAUCCUCUGUCAACCCUUCAAGCAAGCCAGUUGAUCCUUCUCCAGCUGACCCAUCACACAACCCAUCUUCCGUUAACCCGUCUUCUGUGAACCCAUCCUCUGUCAACCCUUCAAGCAAGCCGGCCGAUCCUUCUCCAGCUGACCCAUCACACAACCCAUCUUCUGUGAACCCAUCCUCAGUCAACCCAUCAUCCGUUAACCCAUCUUCUGUGAUCCCAUCAUCCGUCAACCCAUCUUCUGUGAACCCAUCCUCUGUCAACCCUUCAAGCAAGCCAGUUGAUCCUUCUCCAGCUGACCCAUCACACAACCCAUCUUCUGUGAACCCAUCCUCUGUCAACCCUUCAAGCAAGCCGGCUGAUCCUUCUCCAGCUGACCCAUCACACAACCCAUCUUCUGUGAACCCAUCUUCUGUGAACCCAUCCUCUGUCAACCCAUCAAGCAAGCCGGCUGAUCCUUCUCCAGCUGACCCAUCUUCAGUUAACCCAUCUUCUGUGAACCCAUCCUCUGUCAACCCUUCAAGCAAGCCGGCUGAUCCUUCUCCAGCUGACCCAUCACACAACCCAUCUUCCGUUAACCCGUCUUCUGUGAACCCAUCCUCUGUCAACCCUUCAAGCAAGCCGGCCGAUCCUUCUCCAGCUGACCCAUCACACAACCCAUCUUCUGUGAACCCAUCUUCCGUCAACCCAUCUUCUGUGAACCCAUCUCCUAGCAUUGUCAGUCCUUCAAUUUCAACAAGAACGGUUACUUUAUCCAACGGUAGCACCACAACUGUUACAGUUACUGUAACCCCACCUUCUCCAAAUGGCGGUAGUUCAAACAGCAACACCGACUCCUUCUCACUGCCUCCACCAUACACCACAACCGUCUCCAAGAGCACCACCACAGAAACAGACAUCGUCUCCUUCUUCCCAUCCACCGACUCCGACGGCCACACCCGCACAGGCACCACCACCAUCACCCUGACUGGCAGCAAGCCCGGCAACAACGGCGACUCCGACUCCUUCUCACUGCCUCCACCAUACACCACAACCGUCUCCAAGAGCACCACCACAGAAACAGACAUCGUCUCCUUCUUCCCAUCCACCGACUCCGACGGCCACACCCGCACAGGCACCACCACCAUCACCCUGACUGGCAGCAAGCCCGGCAACAACGGCGACUCCGACUCCUUCUCACUGCCUCCACCAUACACCACAACCGUCUCCAAGAGCACCACCACAGAAACAGACAUCGUCUCCUUCUUCCCAUCCACCGACUCCGACGGCCACACCCGCACAGGCACCACCACCAUCACCCUGACUGGCAGCAAGCCCGGCAACAACGGCGACUCCGACUCCUUCUCACUGCCUCCACCAUACACCACAACCGUCUCCAAGAGCACCACCACAGAAACAGACAUCGUCUCCUUCUUCCCAUCCACCGACUCCGACGGCCACACCCGCACAGGCACCACCACCAUCACCCUGACUGGCAGCAAGCCCGGCAACAACGGCGACUCCGACUCCUUCUCACUGCCUCCACCAUACACCACAACCGUCUCCAAGAGCACCACCACCAUCACCCUGACUGGCAGCAAGCCCAGUAACAACGGCAAUGUUGGUACUUCCAGUGUCCCACCAGUUGGUAAUAUAGCGAUCACACCUUCAGUCUCGACAAGAACGGUUACUUUCACAAAUGGAAUAAUAUCAACCAUUACUACCACUAUUAGGCCACCAUCUCCAAACGGCGGUGGUUCUGGCAACAACGGCAACACACCAUCUCCAAACGGCGGUGGUUCUGGCAACAACGGCAACACACCAUCUCCAAACGGCGGUGGUUCUGGCAACAACGGCAACACACCAUCUCCAAACGGCGGUGGUUCCGGCAACAACGGCAACACACCAUCUCCAAACGGCGGUGGUUCUGGCAACACCGGCAACACACCAUCUCCAAACGGCGGUGGUUCUGGCAACAACGGCAACACACCAUCUCCAAACGGCGGUGGUUCCGGCAACAACGGCAACACACCAUCUCCAAACGGCGGUGGUUCCGGCAACAACGGCAACACACCAUCUCCAAACGGCGGUGGUUCUGGCAACAACGGCAACACACCAUCUCCAAACGGCGGUGGUUCUGGCAACACCGGCAACACACCAUCUCCAAACGGCGGUGGUUCUGGCAACAACGGCAACACACCAUCUCCAAACGGCGGUGGUUCUGGCAACAACGGCAACACACCAUCUCCAAACGGCGGUGGUUCUGGCAACAACGGCAACACACCAUCUCCAAACGGCAGUGGUUCUGGCAACAACGGCAAUGGUAAUCUAUCACCUUCAAUAUCUACUUCUAUUACUAGUGUGCAAUCUGUACCAUCGAUAUUCAAAGGUGAAGGAUUUAGGGCUGCUCAUUUAUCGUCAAUAUUUAUCUGGACUAUCAUAACAGUAUUGGUUGCUCCAAUAUUAGUAUAG